ACAGAUGGUCAUUUAGAUCCGAGUAGCGCUGGCAUGGGCUCCAGCUACUGGCGCAAUCUAAGUCGUAGUCCCAGUCCACUGGGCUUGAUACCUCUGCAUCGCGAAUGGCGCACCUUUAUACACAGACACGAGAUACCCAGGAAAGCUUUACAUGUCUCUAUUGGUUUCUUCACUUUGGGUUUGUUCGUCUCUGGUGCCCAAACCAGUGCUAUUCAUCCUCCUCUUCUGACUGCUUUAAUACCCAUCUUCGCCAUUGACUUUGCUCGUAUGCACUAUCCUCCACUCAACCGCCUCUACAUCCGCCUCCUCGGAGCCUUCAUGCGCGAAUCAGAAGCACACGACAAAUACAACGGCGUCAUCUCCUACCUUGCAGGCGCCUGGGCUGUCCUUCGCUUCUGCCCUAAGGACAUAGCCGUCAUGUCAAUCUUGCUUCUUUCCUGGUGCGAUACUGCUGCCUCCACUUUCGGACGUCUUUGGGGCCGCUACACACCUCGUGUGCGCAAGGGAAAGAGUUUGGCUGGUACUAUCGCCGCUUUCAUCACUGGUGUCAUUGCUGCUGUGGUAUUCUGGGUCAUCAUCGCGCCGAGAGUGCCUGCAGAGUGGAAUACAGGAAUAGAUGCUUUUGCCUAUGACGGCACUUUGAGUCUGCCACCUAUGGCCAGGAAUUUGCUCGGCUGGAAAGAAGCAGAAGCUACCGUGUCGGGUAGUGUAGCUACUGCUAUCGUCGCUGUCGUCUCGGGAUUCGUGGCUGCAGUCAGUGAAGCCAUUGAUGUCUUUGGCCUAGACGACAACCUUACCAUUCCUGUUCUUUCGGGUAUUGGACUGAAUGCUUUCUUCUGGGUGUUUGGA